CUCAGUUUCAACCCAUCUUUGUGUCGUUUGUCACCCCUUCUGCUGCCCUAUGUCGCUGUUUCACGGCCAUUUCGCUUCAGAGUCGAAAUUUAGCCAAACAGCGCCUGAAGAAAGCGGGUCAAAACAAGUGUAAUCAACGGAGAGCUACCCAAGGGUGGGGAUAUACAAAACACCACAGUUUGUAUAGACCUGAUCGGUUUAAAGGUCUCAAGGGAGUGUGAAAAUGAAACGAUAGUAUUAAUGUUUUCAUGUGCCUAUUAAGCUGCAUUGCACCAGAAAAAUUGCCGUAUGGAUAAGCCGUUAAAGCCUAUUUCUUGUCACUUUAAUUUAAAUUAGUCUCUUGCUAGCCUAAAAUUAUGUGUUUUUUCUUGGUCUAAAAAAGAGUAAAUUUCGGUCAAGUACGAAUCGACCGUCAACCACGCCACUGAGCAAUCAUGCAGGCUGAGAUCUAUCGAACGGUAAUUUUGCUGCGUGCAUUUUCAUGGUAAGUUAAACGAUAGAACUCGAUAAAAGUCGGGGUGCGAACUUGAAAUCGUGAAGAGACGAACUCGAACUCGAAUGCAGCGAAAAGGAUUGUGCGUUUUCAUAUUAAAGAUCGCUCGAUAGAGCUUAAGGGGUGAAGUCGAAAGGGAGGAAACCUGCUGAUUCCUUUACGUUCAUCCAGGGAUUAAUAAAGGAGGUAUACAGAGGAAACACAUGUCCUUUUUGUGGAUAGGUAGGAAAGGAAAUAACGAACCAACCAUCAGUUUUCCCAUGAAGAGGUGUGUCGUCUGGCUUAGCCACUUCCCUUACUGUGGCACCCAAUCAAAGAAAACGGUAAUCCAGCAACAAAAUGUAGGAAAUGAUUUUCUACGAAAGAUUUCAACAGGCGAUUGAAGGAAUCAUUCAGUAAAAAAUUAUCUUCUUCUAAAUAAAUCAAAGCAUUCUAUUUGCUAUUUUGCAGAUAUAAACGAGUGUGAGACAGGAAAGCAUCACUGCGACUCCAAUGCUUUCUGUAACAACACUAACGGCUCUUUCAUUUGCACAUGCAAACCAGGAUACACUGGAAACGGCGUUAACUGCACAGGUAAAAUAAGGAAGUGAAAACCCUCAGCUGAUAGCACUGAAUAACGUGAUAUAAAAGCAUUUCUAUUCAACAAAGUUUUUCGAGUUCUAUUAAGUCGUAUGUUACAUCUUUAGGAACUCUUUAAAAUAGUUCCAACACGAUAAAAUGUGAUAGGCCGCUUGUGGAGUAGGAUUAUUUUUUAUUAUGACUGCUAUCAAUUUCAUUUUCGUUUAAGGACAGCUCUUGUAUUGCUAUUUUGCAGAUAUAAACGAGUGUGAGACAGGAAAGCAUCGCUGCGACUCCAAUGCUUUCUGUAACAACACUAACGGCUCUUUCAUUUGCACAUGCAAACCAGGAUACACUGGAAACGGCGUUAACUGCACAGGUAAAAUAAGGAAGUGAAAACCCUCAGCUGAUAGCACUGAAUAACUUGAUAUAAAAGCAUUUCUAUUCAACAACGUUUUUCGAGUUCUAUUAAGUCGUAUGUUACAUCUUUAGGAACUCUUUAAAAUAGUUCCAACACGAUAAAAUGUGAUAGGCCGGUUGUGGAGUAGGAUUAUAUUUGCAUAUGACUACUAUCAAUUUCAUUUUCGUUUAAGGACAGCUUUUGUAUUGCUAUUUUGCAGAUAUAAACGAGUGUGAGACAGGAAAGCAUCACUGCGACUCCAAUGCUUUCUGUAACAACACUAACGGCUCUUACAUUUGUACAUGCAAACCAGGAUACACUGGAAACGGCGUUAACUGCACAGGUAAAAUAAGGAAGUGAAAACCCUCAGCUGAUAGCACUGAAUAACGUGAUAUAAAAGCAUUUCUAUUCAACAAAGUUUUUCGAGUUCUAUUAAGUCGUAUGUUACAUCUUUAGGAGCUCUUUAAAAUAGUUGCAACACGAUAAAAUGUGAUAGGCCGCUUGUGGAGUAGGAUUAUUUUUUAUUAUGACUACUAUCAACAGACGAUUGAAGGAAUCAUUCAGUAAAAAAUUAUCUUCUUCUAAAUAAAUCAAAGCAUUCUAUUUACUAUUUGCAGAUAUAAACGAGUGUGAGACAGGAAAGCAUCACUGCGACUCCAAUGCUUUCUGUAACAACACUAACGGCUCUUUCAUUUGCACAUGCAAACCAGGAUACACUGGAAACGGCGUUAACUGCACAGGUAAAAUAAGGAAGUGAAAACCCUCAGCUGAUAGCACUGAAUAACGUGAUAUAAAAGCAUUUCUAUUCAAAAAAGUUUUUCGAGUUCUAUUAAGUCGUAUGUUACAUCUUUAGGGGCUCUUUAAAAUAGUUCCAACAUGAUAAUUAACAAUCAUUCCUCGAGCUCGAAUGGGCUCUGAGUCAAUAGCCCAUGAGGCGGAAGGCCUCAUGGGCUAUUGACUCAGAGACCAUGAGGCCGAGAGAAAUAAUAGUUUUAGUAAAAUUUAACUAGUUGGUCAAAAAUAUCAAGAAAAAAAAAAUUUAGCUAGUUAAAGCUGGACUUUAAUCCUUUUUUGCCGCCAAAAAGCGCGCGCUUUUCGCUACUAGGGGGCUAUAACAUAUAGCCUAGUAGUUGCUCAACCAAUCAGAACGCAGCAUUGAUAAUAGACCACUAGUUGGAUUUUACUAAAAUGUGAUAGGCCGCUUGUGGAGUAGGAUUAUUUUUCCAUAUGACUACUAUCAAUUUCAUUUUCGUUUAAGGACAGCUCUUGUAUCAAUAGAAAAUGAAAAUUGUCGUUCCUUAGGCUUGAUACAUUGAUACACCUUAUAUGGGUUUAAAACUAUAUCAUCGUGAUCCUACAUAUUGAAGAAUGCGAUGAAAAAAGUCACGAGUGUAGAGAAAACGCAGAUUGUAAAAACACAAAGGGAUCUUACAGAUGCAAAUGCAAGACUGGUCUCCAUGGAGAUGGAUACAACUGCAAGGGUAUCCCAGUGUUUAUUUGGGUCCUUAGUUGUUGUUCCAUUCCAGCGUGCGAAUGGAAGUGGAAAGCUCAGUUAUAAGCGAGGUAUUAUUUCUCUGGCCAAGAAGGCGAAAAGGAGAGCUUAUAACAGAAAUAUUAUGCUAGUAUACCAUUGAUCUAUUUCCUUAGGAAAGAGAGGGAGAGAAGACUUAAAAGAAAGGGCGGCUUAUUCACUGUGUUCCGCUUUACAAAGAAUAUAAACGCAAGUGAGAUGUUUAGUGGUUAAUUGACACUAUUACAACAUUAUUCUAGAUAUAGACGAAUGUCAAGAAAAGAGAUGCGGUAAGAACGCAACUUGUACGAACACUGAAGGAUCUUUCAGAUGCACCUGCAAUAUUGGUUACUAUGGAGAUGGAUACAAGUGCACAGGUAUACCACUGUUAGUGCAAACUUCCCAAGAUAAAGCAGUUGCAAGCGAGGGUAAAAGACAGCAAUGAUUGAUCAGCGUGAAAUAUGAUAAUGUUUACCGGUUUGAGGUUCCGAAUAGUUCCCGAAAAAAACGGCUAAUAAAGUGUUAACAAUAACUGGCGCACUAGAUGGAGAGUUUUCUUCCUUUAGCGUAUGUAAAAAAAGCUGUGCAUUGAACACCAAUGAAUCUUCUAUAGUCUGAGGCAUUGGAUGCUUUGACAGUUAUGAUCUUAGAUCAUGUAAAUCGUAAACUUUUAAACAAAACAUCAUAUAAGAAAGGACUGGUUUGUUUUUUAGAAGAGUUAAGGAAAACUCUUUAACAACUGCCUCUGGCAACAUAGUGUCUCAUCGCUUGCAGAAAUGUUGAUCAGUCUGAUAUUUUUCUAACGAGGUAAAAACUGGUUUGGCUGCUUCUUCUGUUUAAUUCAUCUCGAUCUUUAUAAUAAUUAUGCAAAUGACAAUUUCACUAUUAAAACGGUCUCCUAUGGCUUCUCUUUUAACAUGAACAAACUGAUUGUCUCACAGUCACCUUCAUCUCACUCUCUGAUCUUAAAUAUCUUUUGUUCUCCCACUAGAGUGUUACACAAUAUUUGACUUCGAAGACCAUGAUUUGUCAAACUGGACUUUGAAUGGUACUGCAUUCAAUAAUCAGCCAACAUACGGGAAUAACACGUUAUCAAGGACGGGUAGGGCUUGGAGCAACCACAAAGGGGAUUGGUGGAUUGGUACCUACGAGGAUCGGUCCAGUCCCUCUGAACCGUUUGGGGGAGAGCAAGGUGAUGGUCCUCAAGGCUCAUUGACGUCACCCAGUUUUCAGAUUACUGGAAAGUUGCUUACCUUCCUGAUUGGAGCAGGCUGCACAGGUCAUACAGUUCCAAACAUUCGUGCCGAGCUUAUUAUUGAUGGGGAAGUGCUUCGCAUGGAGACACCGACUGAGUGUGAUGGGGCUAUGAAAGAGAAAAGCUGGAAUGUAACAGAUUACGCUGGUAAAAAUGCCCAGUUGCGUUUGGUUGACCAUUACUCAGGGCACUGGGGUCACAUCAAUUUUGAUCACUUACAAGCUUGCCAUAAACUCAUUUCAGAUACGAAUCCUUGA